AGAAUCAGCUUCCGGGUCAGAACUACGUCUUCCGGUGUGUGUAUCUGCUGAAAGCCGCAAUUCUACCGCCGCGAAAGCAGCUUGUCUGUCAGGUAGUGACCAGGUGACGGCAGCGCGCGGAGGCCCUCAGUCUGCAGGAGCUGACUGGAGUGAAGAUGCUGCGGAGGAAACCGACCCGAUUGGAGCUGAAGAUCGACGACACCGAGGAAUUCGAGAGCGUUAAAAAGGAGCUGGAGGCCAGGAAACGACAGAGAGAGGAAGCUGGGCCAGGAGCUGGAGUGGGCGGGGCUUCUGUCGUUGGUGUUGAUAUGAUUGGGGGCGGAGCCUCUGCAUCCUCCACUGCUGCUUCGAGGGCGGAGCUUAUCAACGAGCGAAUCGGCUACAAGCCCCACCCCAAGCCGGCGACGCUGCCGACCUUAUUUGGAAGUUUACAGUUUUAAUAAAGUUUGGACAGAUUGAA